CAAAAAACCUCCUGACUGUCAAACGAACCCCACGCAUGGCUUUCUCCAGCUUUCUCCAGCCUGGCCAAAACACCACACUGCAUUACACCACAGAAGCCACACUCACUCACACACAGAGAGCAGAGACACGCGUGAUAGCAAGCCCGCCGAUGCAAUCUUGAAUAUGGCUGAGGUCCUGGGACUUGUGUCAGCAAUCGGCGCCAUCGUCGAGCUGACCGCCAAGCUCGGCGGCACCUGCGUUCGCUACAUCGACUCAGUCCGAAAGGCGCCGAAGGUAAUCCUUGAGAUUCAAGGGACAGUGACGUCGCUCGAAGAGGUCCUCGAGGACAUGAAGGACUUUGGCGACGCGCGUUUGAUGAAAUCCAAGACCCUCGAGAGGGUGUUGAGCCCCGGCGGCGAGCUGGAAGCAUGCAAAGGCGUGAUGAUUCAUCUGCAGAAGCUCAUCGACAAAUACAUCGACGAUGUCAGCCCGAGUGGCCCUGGGAAGAAGCGCCUGGGAAUCCAUGCCGGAGUGGCAAGGGCGAAAUGGCCGCUCACAGAACAUAAAAUACGGGAGCUUCUCAGGGAAAUGGAGCAAUACCACAACAAGAUCAGCGAGGCGCGGGACAUGGAGUCAGCGGUCCUGAAUGCGGCCGUCUCCGAAACAGUGAACAAAAUGCGCUCGGAUCAGGUCGAUCAAGGAUACCUGGAGCGUCGCAGAAAGGUGGUCGAAUGGCUCAUCCACCGGAAUUAUGCCGAGGACCAUAAGGCAAACAACGAUCAAAGGUUGGGCGGAACCGGUCAAUGGCUGCUGGAAUCGACAGUGUAUCAGGAGUGGCUAGAUGGCGAGACACGUACGCUCUUCUGCCGCGGCAUGCCCGGGGCGGGCAAGACUUUCAUCACGGCAGCCGUCAUCGAGGACCUCCAUGGUAGGUUUCGACAGGAACCCGACUCAAGAGUGGCGAUCGUAUACCUCUACUUUAAUUACCGGCAGGAGGAGAAGGAUCAGAGGGCCGAGUGUCUACUCAGCAACCUCCUCGGGCAGCUGACUCGGGACCUCCCUCCCGGGGCCUCUAAUGCCUUCAACCAUGUGCGAAACCUACACGAUCUGCACAACCGGCCGGACCGUGGCGCGCAGCCCUCCCUGGCCGACAUCCUCAAGGCCUUCCACCACGUCGCAGCAUGGUAUGACCGGGUUUUUAUCGUCGCCGACGCGUUGGACGAGUGCAAAAUGCCCAGCCAGUGUGAGAGACUCUUCUCCAGGAUCGUUUCACUGCAAUCCCAGCUGCAUGUGCGCAUCUUUGCCACUUCGAGGCUCAGCAGAGAGGGCCAAGGAAUUGACGAAGACAACUGCUUGUCCCUCGAGAUACGGGCAAGUGACGCAGACAUUGGGAAAUACCUGGAUGAUAAGAUGCCUGACUUGAGAGAUAUUGUUAAGGAGCAUCCUGGAAUAAAAGAGAAUAUUAAGAGGAACAUAAUCAGCAAGGCCGACGGGAUAUUCCUCCUCGCCCAGCUCUAUAUGGAGCAUAUCCUGCGCCUCUCCACAGUCUGGGAAAUCGAGAAGCGGCUUGACGAUUUCAAAAAAGGCAAUGACCACUCCGAGACCUUGGCACUAGCCUACAAGGGAAUCCUCGACAGGAUCGACGACCAAGGUGAGAGCGCUCGGCGGCUGGCACAAAGGGCUCUCACAUGGGUCACAUUCGCGACGACAUCUCUCACCGACAUGGAACUCCGACAUGCGCUCGCCGUAGACAAGUCCAUGACCGAGUUUGAGGAAAAAAACCUCGCUAGCGUUGACAAGAUCGUCACAGCAUGCUGCGGCCUGUUAAGCAUCAAUAAGAAGAGCCACGCCGUGAGGCUGGCCCACUUUAGCACGAAGGAAUAUCUGGAGAGCCCUGAGUGUAAGUGGCUUCCAAAGCCAAACAGAGAGAUGGCCGAGACCUGCAUCACGUAUCUCUCCUUCCGCGAGUUCUCCAAAGGGCCCAUCCCGAAGGCCGAGUGGUUCGAGCUCGGCAACCUCGACACCCUCCUGAAGAAGGCCCCUCUGCUCCGGUACGCCUCGUUCAACUGGGCCCACCACCUCUCCCAGGCCAGCGACGAUGAGACCUCCCAGGCCGGCAAAGACGAGAUCCUACACUUACUCCUCAAGCUCUCCAACCGGCCCGAGAACCUCCGCCUGUCCCUACAGGUCCGCCUCCUCCUAUCCCGCGAGCGCUUCCCAGCCGGCAUCAAGACGACGCACAUCGUGAGCUACCUCGGCACACCAGCCUUCCUCCGCGCCCUCAGCAAAGGCGGGACACUCGUUUGCAACGAGCGGGACGGCAGCGGCCGGACGGCGAUGCACUGGGCGAUCUUGCGGAAGGACGGCUCGGCGCGCGCGGCGGCCGCCGCCGCCGCCAUGGUCUCACAGCUGCUGGAGCUGAAGUUUGACAUCGACGCGGCCGACGUCGAGGGGCGGACGCCGCUGCACUACGCCUCCAAGGCCGGCGAUGUGGCCAUCGUGCUGCUGCUGCUGGACAGGAAGGCCAAGACGGAGGUGGGCAGGGGGUCGGUCACGCCACUGAUCGAGGCGUGCUGCUGCGGGCACGCGGCGGUGGUGCGGGAGCUGUUGCGGCGGCGGGCCAACGUCAAUGUCAUCAGCAAGGGGUUCGGGACGCCUCUUUCGGCGGCCAUACUUGGGUCGUCGGAGGACUGUGUGGCUGAGAUCCUUGGCGACCCGCGCCUGAAGAAGUACCACGGCGACUACGAGUUUGGCACCGCGCUUCACGAGGCCGCGUGUCAUGGCCAGUUGGGGAUCGUGACGAGGCUUCUCGACGCCGGAUUUGAUCCGAACAAGACAGCCGGCGACGUCGGUACUCCUCUGCAGGUUACUGCUGCGGGCGCCUACAACUUCGCCCAGGCCGGGCAGAACGUCGAGGUGGCGAGGCUGUUGCUGGAUCGCGGCGCCGACGUGAACGCGCCGGGCGGGAAAUUUGGAACAGCCCUUGAAGCGGCUCUGGGCAACGACCACGGGCCUAUGGAGGAGCUGUUACGGAGCCGCGGCGCGGCGGAGGCGAGCACUUACGGGCUGGAUCGCCGGGAUUCUUUCUUAGGACCGACGGAACUAGACCUGAGGCUGGGACAGCGCCGGAGGUUGCCCAAGAUAGUUGAGAGCCAGGUGAGACACUUCAUCACCGCCGUCAUGAUGGACAACGAGAAGGUGAUAAAGCGAUACGCGGACAUGGAGAUCAGGGCCUUCAGGGAGGCAGUCCAGUCAAAGAACGUCUCGGCUAUUGACCUCCUCUGCCGAGUGUCGGUGAUGGCGUUCGAACAGACCAUCGACAUGGUCAAGUACGACAUGGAGGGCGGGGACGUUGCCGAGGGGAGUGAGAGGGCGCCGCCAACAGCAACAACAACAACAACAACAACACUGACGGCAAGCCCUCCCGGCAGCGGACUCUACACCCAGCUGCUCAUGCCCGUCGUCGGGACCACAGCCAAGGCAGCCGCGUUCAUCAGUUUCAUCCUGGGGAGCCACAGCACCGGUACCAAGCAGCAACGGCAAGAUCAGCAACAACAAAUUAGACCAGGUGGCGGUGCUGGUGCGGCUGCCCUCCACGCCGUAGGGGCGGCUGGCUCGAAGCUGGAGUUGAUGACGUCGACGGCGGUGUUGAUCCUGACGGAGGCAAUCAUUGACGGGGACGAGGAGAUCAUCCAGAUGCUCUCCAAAUAUUGGGCUAGCGCCCUCCGGCUCAUCUCUUUCCCGGGCAAGGCUAGCGACCGCAUGAUGGAAGUGCUGGUGACGUGCAGGGUGGAGGAGUUUGAGGGCUUCUUCCGGGAAAACAAAACGAUGGAUGCCAAGGUUCGGGCGAGGCUUGGGGUUGAGCUGCUGGCCUCUGCCAUCCAGGGCCGCAGGGGAGAUGCACAGAUGGCACAGUUAGCCGUCAACUUGGCCAAAAUCUGGUCACUGGCUCUGCGGAACGUCGUCGAGAAGGACUAUAUUAGCUACUCCCGAUUGGAAGAAUUCAUGCGAGGCCUGCAGAAGGACUUCACCGCCGGGGUCGAGCUGCACAACUGGCGGAACAUCGAGAGGUUCGGGACCGCCUGCCUCGAGAUCCUGGUAGGCAUGGUGGCCGAUGAAAACGCCACAACGGCGCACAUCAUGGCCCAGAUGGUCACUGAAGGCUGGCAGCACGCUCUUGACCACGGCGGAGAGCAUGUGAUCGACAAGGUCAUCAUUCUGGAUUUGGUAAACGAGUUCUGGAUCAGCAUCAACGAAAACGAGGACGAGAAGAGCAGUGGUGAGGAGAAGGAAAACACAAAUAAGAGCGAGAAGGACAAGGCGAGGACCAUGGAGACGAGCAGGGCGUGGAACGUGGCCGGCACGAUGCUGAAAAUCCUUCACACCGCCGGGCGGCACGGACUCCCUACCAUUGCCGCGAAGAUUUCUGAAGUCAUCGCUGGCAACCUCGACCGCGCAAGCCGGUCCGGAAAGACAGUCGGUGUGGAUGCGGUCCGGGGGCAGAUGCUAAAGUCCAUCGUGCCAUGGUGCAAAGUAGACCCGUCCCCGGUCUACUACUUCGAAGCCAUGUUGACGCUUCUACUUGCCGCUCAGAGGACAAGCUGCACUGCCGCGGCGGAAGUCAUCGACCGAGAAAUUGUGGCCAUCCUCCGCCAUCCCUCUCGAGAACGAGACGUGCUCACGGGGAAAGUAAAGGAGGUCACGAUAGGCGGAGACAGACCUGACGAUGCGGCUCAGCUUGCAACGGUCGUCCGAAUGCUCCGGGAGAAUCUGACAGAAGGGGAUAUUUUGGCUGAUGAGGAUGCUGAGUAUAAAUUUUCUUCGGUGACGACGGUCCAAGUCGAGAUGGUGGAAAUCGACACGGGGAGAGACGUGUCUGCGACGGACGUCACAAUACCUGGGUAGACUUGAGACCUGCCUUCUAUUAUUGACUACGUCUCUCUCCUCCGGGACGUAGUAUCGAGCAUGGUACGAUUGAUACAGUCGCUUGGAGCCGACGGGAGAUUAUCUUGACAUUGAAGAACGAGGCCAGGACUUUGCUACCAAACACAAGACCACAACACUAAUUAAAGCACAGGACGGAAAAAAGAACAGAGAUGCUUUGAAGUGUUCCGCUCCAAAUAAUAUCAGCUAGCAUGCUGGUCUUGUACUCCGUUC